GUUGUUUGUAUCUCAGUGUAGAAGGAAUUCAGCAAGAGGCCAAGUGAAAGGCAAGAAGUAGAUUUAUUAAGAUAGGACCCUGUGAGAGGACUCCGAGGAUUAGGUGGGCUACAUUUUUAUAAUCCAAGGAAAGUGGGAAAAGACCGCCUUCUUCCUGAUUCUUCGAGUAGAUGUCAGGCUCACAUCCCCAGCUCCUCCUCCAUAGCAGGUAAGAGAGUGUUUGACCCUAUGAGGUAAACUAGGACUGUCGUGAUGCUUCUUCAAUCAGCAGAAGGGCGGUAACCGAUGCUAAAAUAUGUUGAAUCAUCUCAGGUUUCCCCGGCUCAUGAAGGUCUCCUACUCUGAAAUGUCAUCUUUCCCUUAAAUUUGUGUCCUUGGUCCUAAGGAUCAUUAUGUUGCUGAACUUGAAGGCAGGCCUCAUUUUAUCUUUCACUUUAACGACCUCUUGUGAUUUUAUUUGUGGUUUUAUAGUUGAGCAAGCCAGCUUUGUUCCAUGAUGUUCCGAUGGCUUUCUUGAUGGUGGUCACCCCCUCCCUCGGUGUCCCUCUGUCUACGGUCCCUUACUGGGACCUUCUACAAUUACCUGUGUUGACUGUCCUGCUCCAUUCCUAUCACUGUCUCUGGCUCUCCCGCUGUGCUCCCUGUCCAGGCCAUGCUCCCUUCCCCCGGAGCCAGUGAGGAGAAGCAGAAAGCUGGGGGCUGUGAUGAAGAGGCAGAGGAGAAUGAACACUCUCCCGAGGGGCUGCUGACCCCUGCAUCAGGCCCACUCCACGGAAGUUUGAGGGCGACAGGACUAGGAAGUCACAGGGUUUUCUCUACCGCCAAGGAGUAGCUCAUUUCCAGCGUCUUUCAGACCUGCCACUUUUGCGCUGCAUCAGGAGUUCUGCUGCUUCCUGUGGCUUGUGAUAAGUGGUACGAUACUCUUUCGUGAUGUUGGGCAGAAGCAGUGAGCUGCAGCUUCCAGUCAGCCUCUCCAUCAGGAAGGGUUUCUUGGGAAGAUAAAGAAUGUAAAAACUCUCAAACUGAAAAGUGGUAUACAGACAUGCCUGUUGACUAUCUAUUUAUCGCCCUGGCAGCCACGAUGCCCAGAGUCCUAGGAGGGAGACGGGCUGGCGUCAGUGAGCCAGGUCCUCACUCAAACUGGGAAGCUCUGCUGGGGUUCAGAGGUGAUGGGACACCUGGAGAUGCUCUGGAGGUCCGCUUCCGCCUGGCGCCGCCCUCCCCGGUCAGGUCCGAGCCGCCGCCGGCCGCUGCCGCACCGAACGAGAAACCUGCGGCGUCGCAGGACCUGGGGGCGCCCGCGCAGCAGAGCAGCCUGGCCCUGAGCCUCGAGCUGCAGGCUGCACGGGCCGCAGCCAGGGGCCAGUUCGAUGCCGCGAAGGCCGUGGAGGAACAGCUGAGGAAGUCAUUCCAGACCCGCUGCGGCCUGGAGGAGAGCGUGGCGGAGGGGUUGAACGUGCCGCGCUCCAAGCGGCUCUUUCGGGACCUGGUGAGCCUGCAGGUGCCCGAGGAACAAGUUCUGAAGGCCGCGCUGCGGGAGAAACUGGCGCUCCUGCCGCCGCAGGCCCGAGCCCCGCCUCCAAAGGAGCCACCUGGGCCAGGGCCAGACAUGACUAUUUUGUGUGAUCCAGAAACACUAUUUUAUGAAUCUCCACACCUGACCCUGGAAGGCUUGCCCCCUCUCCGGCUUCAACUCCGGCCUCGCCCUUCAGAGGACACCUUCCUCAUGCAUCGGACACUGAGGCGCUGGGAAGCGUAGACCUGGAAGCUCCCUGGAUUGCUAGUGCACAUUUGUUAAAACGAUCAGAAUAAAGUGGUUUUGCUAACAAGA